AGAAAACUUAUAAAAUCAUCUGUUCAAAAAAACAAUUGUAGACAUAAAUAUUAUUGUCUCUUUCAUAUUAAAAAUCACUCAAUUUUAAAGCGAGUUAGUUUUAUGCAGAUUUAAUUCAAUAAAACUAAACCUCCUUUAAAAUGUCCGAGGACCUCAAUUCUUGUGGAAGUAGAUUAUCUCCAGAUUCGCUAAUGUUAGACGAUUUUAACGGCCUGCGCAAGCGUAACCACUUAAACACAAGUGCUUUAUCGUAUGAUUCACUGGAGGACACUUCUUUGGAAAUUUCGGAUAUUUCAGGUCAUGAAGAUGAAUGUGCAAGAGAAGAUGAGGACGAUCCGAUGGAGUAUCUGGACAAAGAGGUUUUUCCAAUGCUACUGCCUUGUUUCGAAGAAAUGCUAUUCGCGGCAAAACAAAAUGAUGUGUUAAAGGUUCAAAAAUCUCGUUUCAACGGAUUGGACUACCUAGCUGAACUGUUGUGGAACCGCAAUCCAUGUCACCCUGAAAGACAACUUAAUUACGUUCCCAUUUUUGAGAUUCCUUUUGUGAAAACAUACUUGGAGAAUAAUCCGAGACCAGUGUUCCCUAAGUCUUGGCUAUGGACAGCAUCAGAGGCGGCCGUGGUGAUACAGUCGGCAAUGCGAGGCUAUUUUGUUCGCCGCCUGCCACAGGUGCAAGAGAUGCGUGAAUUCUGGAAGAUUCUUGCUAGAGAAAAGACGCCAAGUCGAGACACACCACUAUGAGAACAUAAUGAGAUGAAAACUGAAUUGGUAAAUUACGUUUCAUCGUCGUCAAUUUUGAAAGCUGAACUUAUUGUUAAAAUAAUAAAUUGGAGUUUAAUUUUAAAGUAC